AUAUAUUCAAAUAUUGUGUGUCAGUUAUCUGUAAGAUAUUAAAAGUAAUUAUUAUUUUUUAAUUAAUUUGAUUACUUGGACAAUAUGUUAUUAUAAAGUGUUUUCAUGAUUAUAAUAUGAAGUCAGCUGAAGGAUAUAAAUUAGUAAAAAUGAAUAAGUGUUCUUUGUUUUUAUUUGAAUUAUAAAAUCUUUAGUUAUAUGUUUAUAGAAUUUUUUUUUAUAAUUUUAAUAUAUAUAUAUUGGGUAUACGCUUCGAACAUGUAUCCGAUUUUUAAUUUUCUAUAAAAUUUUGUUCCAUGUAACAUAGGUACAAACAUGGUUAAUAAAUAUGAAUUAUUUUAGCUUUAUUAUCAAAUAAAAAUGGUUAAUGAAUAUGAAAUGAUUAAAAUAGAUGGUUUUUUUUAUUUCUAUACUAAAAUAUUUCAUAUAUAGAGAACUAAAAUAUAUGACAAAUCUUAUUUAUUCUUAAUAAAAUUAUAAAAGAAUAUCGAUCGCCAAGAGUAAAUUGGCUUCUUUUUGUAAAUCCAAGUAAAAACAUGCAGCGUCAAGAGGUGGAGGCACGCGGCAUGUACUGAUGCAAAAGAGGGUAGUUCCGUAAAUACUUGCGGGACGACUUUACACGAUGUCGUUUUCAGUUCCAUAACAACAGAGGUGACUUUUGAAACAGUCACGAGUCUUUUAUCAAAACAUAAUAAAGCCUUGGCCUCUCCCAUCUUUUUUUUUUUCUCAACAAAUCUUCCAAACCGAUGAUGCAGGCAACGAUGGGACAAAAACAAGGCGUUGAAUCUAGAGUCGAAGAUAUCAUCAUGACGGGUCCGUCACCGUUCGAUUUCUUGCCGGAGGAUUGCAUCUCCAAAAUAAUCUCCUUCACAAGUCCACGUGACGCUUGCGUCGCCGCUUCGGUUUCUAAAACGUUUGAAUCGGCGGUUAAGUCAGAUAUCGUGUGGGAGAAGUUUCUUCCGCCGGAAUAUUCCUCGUUGAUCCCACGAUCGAGAGCUUUCUCGUCCAAGAAGGAACUCUAUUUCGCUCUCUGCGAUUAUCCUGUUUUAAUCGAAGAAGGAAAAAAGAGCUUUUGGUUAGAGAAAGCAAGUGGAAAAAGAUGUAUUAUGUUAUCUUCGAAGGAAGUGUGGAUCACAUGGGGAAGUAGUCCACAAUAUUGGCGAUGGGUUUCAGUUCCUGAAUCUAGGUUUGAAAAAAUAGCAGAGCUACUCAGUGUAUGUUGGUUUGAGAUUCGUGCGGGGAUGCAUACUCGUUACCUAUCUCCAGGAACUCGUUACUCGGUUUACAUUGUGUUCAAGACAGAGGACGGAUGUCCUGGAUUGGGUGAUAUCCCGGUUGAAGCUGGAGUUGGGUUGGUUGGACAAGAAUCUUCUCAAAAGUUGAUAUACUUUGUUGGGCCUAGUGGUCGAAGGAGAGAUAGAGAAAGGAGAGAUGUGACGAGACCAAAGGAGAGGGGAGAUGGGUGGAUGGAAGCUGAGCUUGGUGAGCUGUACAAUGAAUCGUGUUGUGAUGAUAUAUCGGUUAGUGUUGUUGAGACUAAGUCUCCUUAUUGGAAACGUGGUUUGAUCAUUCAAGGAUUUGAAUUUCGCCCCUCGAAAACUCAGUAACACUAGCUAUAUGCUGUUUCCUGUUUAUGCUUUGCUUUCAUGUCUAAGCAAAGUGAACCGCUUUGUUGUAUUGUAAUGUUUUCGAAACUUUCAAGUUUUUGGAUUGAAUAUUUGCAUGGUUUGAUUUUGAUCACAUGAAGAAAUCAAUAAAUAAAAUGUACUAGACUUUGACCCACGCGUCCGCGCGGGUAUAUUUU